CCGCUCCUCCUCCUCUUGUCCCCAAACCCCCGAAACCCCCAAACGCGCGGCAGGCCAUGGAGCUGUCGAUGAGCGGCGGCGCGCUGCGGACCUUCUCCCGCUUCGUCACCUGCCUCGCCCGCAUCGGCUCCGACCUCGUCUUCCAGGCCUACCCCGACAAGCUGGAGCUGCACACGCUCAACAGCUCGCGGUCGGCGUUCGCGUCCGUCUCCCUCACGCGCGGCUUCUUCGACCACUUCCACCUCCCCGCCGCCGCCGCGCCGUCGUCCACGCCGCUCCAGUGCAGCGUCCUCCUCAAGUCCGUCCUCGCUGUGCUCCGCACGCCCACCUCCGCGGUCGACCGCCUCAACGCUUCUCUCCCAAACCCCCAAGCGUCCAAGCUCGAGUUCGUCAUCCACUGCAUCAGCGGGCGUAAGAAGACGCACCGGAUCUCGUGCAGCGCCGAGUCCGACGUGCAGACUCUGGCGCUCGACCGCAACGGCUUCCCCAGCCGCCUCGCCAUACGGCCACGGGAUCUCACGCGCCUGCUUUCCAAUUUCCAGUCCUCGCUGCAGGAGCUCACCUUUAUUGCCACCCAGCCUGCUGCACGGUUGCCUGGCGUCGAUGAUGCCACUGGGGGGAAGGCAGUCGAGCUCCUAAGCUACAUCGACCCGACCAAAGAUGACUACGACAGUAGGCUGCACACACAACUGUGGAUCGAUCCAGCAGAGGAGUUCUUGGAGUAUGAGCAUGCUGGUGAUCCCGUAGAUGUCACAUUUGGGGUGAAAGAAUUGAAGGCAUUUUUAACAUUUUGUGAAGGAUGUGAGGUUGAUAUUCUCCUAUUCUAUCAGAAGGCUGGCGAACCUGUCCUGUUGGCUCCAAGAUUUGGAAUCGAUGAUGGUUCAAGUUCUAAUUUCGAUGUAACUCUAGUUCUAGCCACUAUGCUUGUAUCACAACUAAAUGAUGGCAGUGUGCCUCAGCAGCCACCUACGUCAGCACAUCAUGCAGAAGAACCAAGGGCUGCCGCUGCUGCACCAUCACCAGUUCCCGAAAAUGUCUCAAACCAUACAAGAAUAUGGUCAGAGCUUUCAGGUGUUACUCCCAAAAGCUUUGAAGCUAACGCAGAAAAUCGUGCCCAGAUGGAGAGAAAUGGAAGAGCUAACUUGCUGAAUGACACAUCAGUGCUUCCCAAUACCAAUGCUCCCUGCAAGCUACCAGUGACAGAUAACGCAAACUAUAUAGAGCAGCCUGUGCAAAUGGAUCACUUGGAAGAGCCUCCUGAAGUUGUGGUUGAUAACCCUCGUUCGCAGCAUCACCCAAGCAACUGGGUAGGUGCCGACGAAGACGAUGAUGAUGAAGAAGAUGAGGAGCUUUUUGUCCAAACAACACCUCACUACAUGGACUAAGGACCGAUGCUGAUUCUGAAUAUUGCAGGUACAUUCCAGCCAACUGCAUAGUGAAUGAGCUAGAAAUUAGUCGAAGUCAAUGUUUUCGAGUCGAUGAGUCGACGGGUCGCUCGGGGAGGGCGACUCUAGACUAGUCGUGACUAGUCUAGACUCACGGUCGACGAGUCGACAUGGCGACGAGUCGACGUGAGUUAAGCAGCAGGCAGUCAGGGGAGGAGCACAAGUGCACAGCAGCAGCAGCAACCAAGGGAGGAGGGGAGGAGCACACCACCACCAGCAGUAACCAGGGCCAACUGAGAGAUGGGCCACUAGUUAUGCACUUCCCUGUGGCCCAAAAGCCCAUCUAGUAGCUAUAUACUCCUCCCGUGACCUAAUCCACCAUCCACACUCCCUCCUCCCUCACCACAGCCGCCACACAUUCGCUGCCACUCUCUUGCCACCAGUCCACCACUCCUCCCAGCGAUGGAUCUCUCAACUCCCCCGCAGCAGCUCUCUUGCCACCGCUCCUCCUCCCAGCCUGCUCCUCUUGCCGCUUCAGCUUCAGCAGCAGCAGCAGCAGCGCGGCGGCAAGGGCGCAGCAGCAGCAGCGAGGCAGCACAGCAGCAGCAUCAGCAGCACGGCGGCGGGAGAGUGCUCCAGAUCCAGCGUUGCCUCGAGUCGUUCGACCCAAAAACCGCGACUAGUCAAGACUAGUCGCGCGAGUCGCUCGACUCAUCCCAGGAGUCGAGUCGGGAGGCUGAGUCGGCCCUGGAACUGGUCGAUGAGUAGUCGCGACUAGUCGAGCGACUCGAAAUCCAUGGUCGAAGUGCCUUUUGAUUGCUCUUAGUUCGUGUAGGCCUGAAGCUAACAAUACAAGAACAUUGUUUACCCAGCACCUAGCUUGUAUUCAGGUGUGGCUAUUUCAUUGUUGCAUAAUACAGAGAACAUUAAUGCGACUUGUUCUACUUUGCAUAUGUGGCCUUCUCUAUUAUUUAUUUAUUUGCAAGAGAAAGAACUUGUAUUUGCAUCAAUAUGAGCAACAUGGUCUCUGUUUUUAUUUUCUGUAUCUGUACCACUUUACUACUAUAAAAGCAUGAGUUUGCAGAAUCCAAAGGGAGUACAUAUUAGCAGGCGGUGAAUUUCAGAUUCUCAAACAAGCAAAACUACUAAAGGGGAACAAGGCAGG